AUGGAAACUCGGAGUUCCGAUAAGUACCCAGCAACCCACAUGUAUGCUGGGACGGUCAGAACACAGAUCAGCUGCUCAACACAUGGUGCACCUACAGAUGCGAAAACAGAAACAAUUCAAACUUUUUCUCUUGAUGUCCUUGAGGAAGAAUACAAGUUAACAGUAAACGUGACUAAUAUCAUCACCAACGGCAAGGUUCCUGUAGACUUCAUCAACGUCGACAUAAAGAGAGACGACAACAGAGUGAACUUUACAACACUGGGCAAUAGACAGAAGAAUCCAACCACAAUUACACUGUCCACGGAGACGUCGUGUGACCAGUACUACUACCUGGCCAACUGUACGAAGCACUGUGUACCGGCAGACAACUGUAACGGCCACUACACAUGCAACAAGGACACCGGCGACAUUGUCUGUCGUAAUGGAUGGAGGGGGCCCAACUGCACGGAACUCAUAUCAGGAUCUUACCCAGACUGUUCUAUCUACCAAAGUUCAGGAUUUGUAUCAAGUAGCUGGUCUGGUUUGAUGAAUUGUUCAGGUGACACAAAAAAAUUCAGCAUGAACAUCACAAAAACAACUGAGGGUAAAAUACCCAAAGUCAGUGGCUAUGUAACAAUUGAUCAGAUCACUACCACCGUAACUGGAGUAUUCUACAGUGAUAGAAACAGUCUUCGUCUCCACGAUGUGACGGACAAUUUGUUGAUUGAUUCUACAAUGAACAAUAACACUGGCAUCACCGGAGUGGUAACACAAGGAAGCACCGAAUGCCCCAUUGACUUGUUGAGGAUAGAAGGAUAUUUCGAUGCUUGUGAUGGACGAGGAACGUGCAUCCGAUAUGGUCAGGGGAAAGGCGAUUACUACUGCUGCUGUUUCGAUGGGACCAAUUCUUGCUUUACAACUACUACAUCAAGAACAACAUCUGUAAAAACAUCGACAGCACCAACAACGGGAAGUUCUGAAAUGAUGUCCUCAACAGACAUUACAACCGAAGGUGCUACGGACAAUUCAUCAAGCAGGGAGACAACAUCCCGAUCCUCGACCAAGGUGACAAUCACACAAACAAUACCAACAGAGAAUGCUACUGCAGCAACUACUUUCAACACCACGGGUUACUCUUCUCAAGGACCAGCAGUCAUCUCCACAACCCCACAAACGUCAGCAUCUCAGUCCACUGUUGAAGAAGUAUCUUUGUCAGAUUCUACUACAACUCUGUCAACAACUUCUACUGAAACGACAGUACAAACAACAUCAUCAACUACUACUGAGACGACAGUACAAACAACAUCACCAACUACCUCAGAGACGACAGUACAAACAUCACCAACUACUACUGAAACGACAGUGCAAACAACAACAACAACACCAACUACGACUGUCUCUACAGCUCCAACGACAACUGAGAAGCCGACCGUGUUCGAGCCUACCGAAGUUUACAGACUGAUGUUUGAAGCUGUGGAGGAGGAGAUGGAGGGCGAGGAGGAGAAUCUGGUGCAGAUCCUGAAUCUGGCCUGGGAAGAAGCUAAUGCUCUUAUCUUUCCAGAUCAACAUGGCUACAACAUCAGCAUUUUGGAUAUGAAAGGUGCCAUAGGAGAGAAAGGGGUUUUAGUUGUGGAGAUCUCCUACACUGUGAGCAUCAAUGUUACUGAAGUCGACGUCAGCCGUCUGGUCACACCAACCAAAGCUCACCUUACCAAGGCCCUGCACGGACGCUACCACACGGAGCUGUAUACCGGCGUGACCAUCCUGUACCUGGAAUACAGCUUCUCCCUCUACAUCAGCGGGCGGCCCCCAUUGGUCGACCAGUAUCUGGAGAUAAACCAGGAUAUUUACGACAUAUGGAAUAUGACAAUGGGUACAGAAACCUUCAAUAUAACAACAUCAGCCGUAGAGGAAUACAUCGGAGCCAAUGGGGAAGAGAUAACGAGAAUCUACUACUUCCUGUACGCCAAUGACACCAUGAUACACCCGGCCGAAGUGACACAGCCAAACGUAACCUCGCUUGUAACACUCGGCCGCUAUGAGCUGUAUCAGCACCAAGAGGGCCGCAGUAUUGUCCGCUACCGCCUCACCUUCAGUAUCAACAUCAUAGGAGAGGUAACCAGCAUGGACCAGAGCAUCAUUAGGGAUAGGAUUCAUCUGACAUGGAACGAAACAGACAUGCUUAUUACAAAUGUGAACAUUAUCCUGCUGAGGUGUGAGCGGUACAUUGAACCUAAUGGAGAUUUCAUCACAAAGGUGAUCUACAAAGUAACAUCUGAGAACUCCACAGUAUAUUCAGUGCUGCAGUCGCCCCCUAACACAUCAAGAUUCGACGUGAAUCUGAACGUCAACAACACACGUGGAGAAGUCUUCAGACUCUAUCAUGAAGUGGAUUUAUUCCGCUACUCCUUCCACCUUGGCCUGUACGUCCUUGACAAGAUCGACACCACUCAUGACAUCGACAAACUGGUGGAGGGGCUGGAGAACGCCUGGAAAGCGGAACUCAUUACACAAGACUGGGAUAUCAGAAACUUCAAGGUCCGCUACAUAACGGUGAAGCAAUACAUUGGCGCAGAUGGCCGUUUCGCUGACAUGUUGCUGUACUUCAUGACCGAGAACCACCAGCUUGUAGACGGAACCCAGUACAAGGAGUUAGACGUCACAGUGCUGCAGAACUACAUUCAAGUGACCAAGAUGAGCGGUGAGCGCUAUCAACUGGUUUCUGCCCAGUCGGCCGACCUGGUCGAAAUGAGGCUACACUUCACCAUCACGUUACAAGGCGUCGUGCUGACACAGGACAGGAAGUUCCUGACGGGGGUCAUAUUAGGAGCAUGGAAACAGGUGGAAGGAAUAACAGCUGUACUGAGGCACGUGUACAUUCGUGCAGUGGAGGAGAUGGUAACGGAAGAAGGGAUGAUUGUAUCACGUCUCUUCUACACGUUCACAAGGACGGAAGCAUCGCUGGUCAAAAUCACCAACCCACUUGAGAAAGCUACAGCAAAAGAAAGAUUUUAUGGAAAAGUUAAAAGGAAUCUGUUUAGUCUGAGCUACAACAAACACCAAAACUACAACUUGUACACGGGCAAGGAGACGUUAUACUCCAGGAGAUACACCUUCGAUCUGUACUUUGAGACGGAGUUAGCACGGUUGGAUUUCGUUCGUGUUGAAGUACAGCUCAGCAAGUACCUGCAGCAACAUUUAAACCUCAACAAGGACGUGAAAGUGAAGAUAAUAAAACAGGAGGAAUAUUUUCUUCAACAAGUGACGCAGACGAGUGGUGUGGCCAGACCACGGCACUGGAGAAUCUUCUAUGUGAUCCACCAGGAUUCAGCUCUUGUGUACCCAGGAUUACACAAGAAGGUUCAGGUGAAAGACCUGGCCAAGUCCUUCAACGUCACUGGGAUUACCGGCAGACUCUACAAACUGUACCAAGGAGAGACAACUCAGCUUCUAGACUAUUCCUACCAAUUCUUCCUCCAUUUCCGCGAGAGAGUGUCUCCAAAAGAUUGGUUUAAGAUCAAACCCCGACUCGAGAAGGCUUGGCUGAUUCAAUUUGAAGUUAACGUGUCUGUGCAGAUCCAGGAGGUGGAGGAAGUUAUAAGUACGGAAGGCGUUUCGUACUGGAGACUGGUGUAUUGUAUGACCGAUACCUCCACCAACACAUCCAUAUAUCCUGGAAACUGGAAGAGCAUGAAUCUUGAGACUGUGCACUUGGACUUCACCAACAUCUACGGAUAUACUUACACUGUCGUGGAUUAUACGCGUGUGCUGAGGCGAAUCUCAGCCGCCUUCCGGUUGAUCGCCAGUGAAUCUGUGACGGAGUACUCCUCGAGUGUUAACAAAGCUCUCAGUAAAACCUGGUGUGACAAAAUAAAUGGACUAGGGUACAACCUUUCUUGUGACCAUAUGGACAUCGUGCUAAUCAGGAGACCACACAUAAAGUUGUCAUCAGGCAUUUCAAUAUGGCGUUUAUACUACUUCCUGAAGUAUGAUGGCAUCAAAAUUGAUUUCUUGACGUGGCCCAAGUUCGACCUUGAGAAAUUUACUCUUAACAUCGGUCAGAGGUUCCCGAUUAGAUUCUACCAUUGGUUCGACUUUGACCUCUCCUUCUGGAGCUUCCAGUUCUUUCUCAGCUUCAAAUCCAGAGUGGAGAAGAAAGACUACCCUUCCGUCACAGCAGCCAUAUUGGAAACGUUCAAGAAAACCAAUGCAGAAUAUUCCAAUUCAACAAAUAUCAAAGUUGUUGUUGAUACUCAGAAUGAAGUCCUCACAGAGACAGGAAAAUGGGAGUGGAGACUCGGCUACCACAUUGAGGUGAAUGGGGCAGUCAUCAAACCUGAAGAAACUCACGUCAACACGACACAAAUACAAACCAUCCUGAAGACAUCUAAUACCAGCCUCGAGGUCAACGUAGAGGCAUCGGGCAGUAACACGUACACGUCGAGUGAAAACCUCGGAUCUAUCUACGUCAAGUCUCCCAUCCACAAGGAGGACUAUGCCAAGUUUACAGCAUCCCUGGAAGAGUACUACAGGAACAAGACUGGUGCAUCCUCCAACAUCUCCAUUGUUGUUGGUCCCGCAGAAGAAGUGAUAACGAAAGAUGGCAAGUCGGAAUGGAAACUCACAUACUCCGUGAAAGAGAACGGAAAAACGAUUCGCCCAUCACCAAUAAACACAACAGAGGAGAAGGAUUUCCUGAGAUGGUUUCAUUUUAAGUCCAGAUUCGGUUUGGAGUACAAGCUGAAGUUCGGCAGUACAACCCACGUCCACAGCAAGAAAACAAUAUUUGGAAUCAAUAUGAAGGCCAAGGUGUCAACCAGCAGUUACUCAGAUAUUGAGACGAAACUCAGCCAGGUCAUCGUCAAAACUAACCCAGACUUGAUAACGUCUAACACCACAAAGGUGUCAGUGAAAAUCCUUGGCCAACAGGAGCUGGUUACUGACUCAGGUGAGACGGUGUGGCGUCUGAACUAUGGCGUGUACGUCAACGGUGCCAAGGUGGACGCCUCUUACCUCAAAAUCCCCAGUAGGAAAGAUCUGGAGAAGCUAUGGGUAUUCAAGGGACCGAAUGGUAUAGAGAACGGUGUGUCCGAGGUCAGUGUGGCAGAGACUCACACAACCGUCUCGCUCCAUGAACUAAGACUCAACAGGCCAAUGUCACAGACUGACGUCACCAAAAUCUCAGAAGCAGUACGGGCGUCGUGGGCUAAAGUCCUGAAUGUUUCAGAGUCCGAACUGCUGAUUGAUUUCAAAGCAUCAAAUGAAUACGUCAUGAAGAACGGGAAGUCAUCUUGGGGGUGGACUUAUUCUCUGAAAUGGAAUUCAACAAUUUUGACCCGCACUGACCUCUCCAUCCACGAGCUGAAGCUGAAGCAAGAGCUGAAAGCUAGACUCGUGGCUGUUGUUACAUCAAGGGGAGACAACUAUACCUUGGUAGAUGAGACGUCGAGCUUAGAAUACGCCAAACACUUCCCGAUAUACUUCAGUGUAAAAGUUGCACAAAAAGACAUUGAAGCGAUGAAGGAGAGACUGGAAAGUGCAUGGACCCUAAAGAAAGGAAUCAACGUAAGCAUUGACAUUUCUACCCAAAAAGAAGUGAUCGACAAGUCCGGCAAAUCGUACUGGGAACUGGUAUACUUCGUGUCCACCACCAACACAACGGACACUGCAGUUGUGCUGGACUCAAGCGUGGAGGAAUACAAGAAUGUCACCACUCUACUAGCUGAAGAAAUCGCCAAUGUGACAGACGUAAACGGACAGUCGUACACUGUGGUGACUUCUGUUGACCACCUAUUCCGGGCAGACCAGACCUUCAGUCUGUUCCUCAGUGCCAAGUUUGACAAGAAGGUAGAACUGAAGUUCAAAGAAACAAUUGAGACAACAGUCAGACAACAGCUGAAAGUUAUGGAGAAUGCAAGUAUCACAGUGGAUGUCCUGAAACACGAAGAAGUGACAACGAGAACAUUCGAGAGUGCUUGGAAGUACCUGUUCUCAAUCAAGGUGGAUGGAAGGACGCUAAGCCCCCUGUCUACCCUGAACGGGACCUGGCCCCACUUUGAGCUGGUGACGUCCACUGGCCACCGCGUCAAUAUACUAUCAAACCAAACAGCCACUUCUUACUUCGACUUCCGAAACAGCUUCUCAUUCUACAUGGAGAAAAAUGUGUCUUUCUCUUCCUGGUUAGAGAUAAAGUCAGCCCUCAACAGAUCUUGGUCCACCCUUAACGAGUACAAAGCGUGUGCAUGCCUGGAUUUUGUUCUUGGAUCCAUACGUGAAGUUAUAGACAGCAAGGGAAACACAUUCUACAAGGUCCUGUACUUCAUGAAACAAAAUACCACAAUGGUUGACGCCAUGACACACCGGAAGCUGAGUACCACCAUCUUGAAAUCGGAACUGAAGAACAUCCGGUCAGUCCAGGGUCAGCAUAACAGUGUUGUGGAAGUGGUGGCUGGCGUGACCACAAGGGUAGAUACUCUGUUUGGAUUCUUCUUGAAGAAGAAGGUCAGGAUCGACCAUUGGUCAAGGAUGGAGAAAUCGAUUGAAAAGGCUUAUAAAGUGGACAACAACAAAGGAGAAUGCUGCACCUCAGUUCGGUUUUUGAGGCAAAUUCCAUACAUUACUGUCAAAGGACAGGUGUUGUGGAAGGUGGAGUAUCAACUUCUGAGGGACAACGUCUCACUGGAUGCAGAGGUCACCACUGGCGUCAACGUCACUGUCGUCCAAUCAGAGAUCCAUGCUACUUUCGCUUCCGCUUAUGCCAUUGAGAAAGUGCAAAAACGCGAACUGAUCGACUAUCGUAACAAAGUGGAACUAUAUUUCUCUGCUCCAAUCGCGGAAGAACAUUUGAUUAAAAUCAAACAAGCUGUCAACAUUUCAUACAGUGUAACUGUCACUGACAUUCUCAUCCUAAGCAACCAGGAGAUGAUUGACAUCUCUGGGACGUCGUUGUGGAAGCUUUCAGUGUUUAUUUACGAAGGUGGUAAGGACAACGUUGUGUCCUAUGUUCCUGGCUGGGGGCUGGCGACGGUCACUAUCAAUAUGACCCGGCUGAUGUCAGAGGUGAAGAGUCUGAAGAUAGAGGCUGUCCACGGAGUGGUAGAGAUGUUGGAAACUACCGGAGAGGGAUUGCGUCUCUAUGAACAGAGCCUCAGCAUUAUUGUGAAGAACGUCAUCAAAACUGUGGACUUCGUCAACAUAUCAGUGGCACUGACAAACCUGUGGAAUACAACGUUAAGAGAAUCAGUAGAGGAGAAAGCGAUCACUGUAGAGGUGUCAAGACAGGAGGAACUCGUAGACAUAAAUGGCAACACUAUAUCAAGACUCGUUUACUUCCUCAAAAUGGAUGAAAAAACUUUGACCGCGGACGAACUCCCGCCUCAGAACGAGACCAGAAUUCAAGCAACACUGACUUCAUGGUUUAAGGAGAGGUAUGAAGUUGUCCUGGAAACUGAAAUGACGCUGUUGCGUUACGAAAGUUUGUUUGCGUUCUACAUGGCAUCGCCCGUCCUGCUGCGGGACACGCACGAGUUUCAGCAAAGACUAGAGGUCGCCUGGAAGACAAAGUUUGCAUCAAGUAGUGUGGUUAAUGUCACUUCACGGAUACUCCUACAAGAAGAGCUUACUGACGGAACGUCGUUAAGUAAAACGUUUUGGAGAGUGUCAUACUCUUCAGAAAGAGACUCCAAAAAGGUUGACUCAAGAUCAGAGGUCGGACUCAGCGUCACUGAGAUCAAGGCAGUUCUCAACACCAAAUUCACCACGACGUCCACCAACUACUCCCAUAUCCUCCUGGGCGUGACCGUUGCUGAGACAAUCUACCGCUACACGGACCUCUUCUCCCUGCAUAUCAAACACAGAGUGGCUGCCAUAGAUUAUACAAAGUUCGAGACAUCCCUUGCGACGUUCUGGAAAGAUGACAUAAAUGGUGCCACAGCUACAGUAUGCAAACAAGAGGAAGAACUCGACUCCCACGGUGAAUCAGUGUGGAAGUUAUCAUAUGUCCUAAAGAAGAACAACACCUUGGUAUCGUCACAGAAGAUAGUGCAGGCCUCGGCUGACGUCAUAAUGAAGAGCGUGAACGUCACGAGUCCUCGUGGCCUGACGUAUACAAUAGUUGACGUCACGGAGACGGUGAGGAUGGAGGAAGUGUAUCAACUAUACGUCACGAGGAAGGUGUUCCGGGAUGAUGUCACUCAUUUUACAGCAUCUCUGCAGGAGACCAUCGAAAAUAUUGUGCCAGGUGACAACUCAACUAACAUACACGUUGAAUGGAAGGGGCAGACUCAGUUUAAACACAUAACGGAUUCAAAGUCGACAGCAUGGAGGCAGUUAUUCCUCGUUAAGAUGAACAAUAAGUACAUUACACCCCUCAACUACGGUAGUCUCAACAAGGAAAAGAUAACUCUCAACUUUACGUCGAUCAAGGGAGAUAAUUAUGAUUUGAUCAACAGAUCGUCAGUGUCCAUGCAUUAUGCUCGUGCCGACGAGCAGUUUAGUAUCUCAGUUAUAGGUCGUAUCAAAACCAGGGACCAAGUAAGUGUGAAGAUGGCCUUACAGACGUCAUGGGAUAGGAUAUACAGUAAUGACACUGUAACCAUCAAUAUCCAGUCAACAGAGGAAUACAUAGGAGACAACAGCAUUAUCGUGACACGGCUGUCCUUGUUCGCUCUGAGAGGGACCAGCGUGAUUGAUCCAGACACAAUGAAGACCCCCUCUUUACAUGACGUCCUUGGUGCCAUGAAUGGAACAAAUGGCCCUUCCCUUGUGGCCUACACUGGUCGGACGGUGGUCAGAUACGAGUCCUGUUUCACGUUACUGGUUAAAGGAACUCUGAAAAUGGCACAGCAGACAAAUCUGCUGGACGUUCUUAAGCAAGCAUGGCAGUAUAAAACAGGUGUGUACGACAAAAUGGAGAUUCUUGUCCACAAAACAGAGAAAUUCGUCGGGGAAUUCGGCGUUGGGCUGACCCAGGUGUUAUACACUGCAAGAAUCAACGCGCGGCUCUCAGAAGCAGAUGACGACCUUCCGCCAACCAAUGCUGACAUCGAGGCUCAUCAACCGGAUGCGAAGUCAUCUUGGAAAGUGUAUUCUGGGAAGGUGUCUUACAGACUUGAAGCAAUGUAUAGCAUUAAAGUAGAGUCACUGAUAAUGAGAGAGGUAACAUCACAACAAAUUGUCAAACUGGAGACGGCUCUGCUCGGUGUAUGGAUACAGCAGUACAGAAAUGAGUGUCUAUCCUGCCAGAUCCGCGUCGUGGGUGGGACAUCAUAUUAUGGCUAUAACAGCUCUGGUGUCGUACGUGUCUCAGAUGUGUCCUACACCAUCACGAGAAAUGGUGACGUCAUCACGCCUUGGGUCCGGAGUUCUCCAACAAGGGCAAACAUGGCAGUCAACAUCGACAGCCAAUCAGCAGGAGUGUCUGUGUGGCUUCGUCCUACCUACAAAGUUAGAAACCUGUUUUUGGUUGGCUACACCUCGAAGAUCGACCUGGUUAAGUUACGGACCGGCAUUCACAAAGCAUGGUUGGGUAGUCUAGGAGAAUCAACAAAUGUGUCUGGUGAGAUCAGAGAUGUCAAUGUUUACGUCGAUAAACAAUGGCAGAAGCUCACAAGGGUUCAGUACUUUGUGUCUCUCAACUCCACCGACCCCGACCUACUGUUGCGGCCAGCACCGACGACUGACGACGUUAACAAAGCCCUCACCGACACCGGCAUACAGCAACAUCUCUGCGACUGCGUGGGGCUGAAGCUGAGGAAGAUGCAUGUGGAGGGAGCCAGCGUGAACUACACUGCCGUUGCCGCUGCCGUGAAAAAGUCGUGGAUCGACAAGAAUAAUGCCUCCUCGAGUCUAGAGACCUCCCUGGAAGUGGAUGUGAAACAGUUGCAGGUCAAGAGGACACGAAGAGCUGUCACUCCCGCAGCAGAACUGGUAGAUGACAAAGGGAAAACCGUCUCACCAGCUGAUUACACAGUGUCAAUAGAUGGACAGGCGCCAGACCCUCUGUUUGUGCAGCCACCUUCCCAGGAAGACAUUGACCGAAGUCUCCAGGCCAGUGGGAUAGACAACUGCAACUGCAAGCCCGGCAAGGUCGGCCACGUCAAGCUAAAGGGCCCCACCAAGGAAGCCGAGAAGAACGACGUUGCUGAAGCCGUCAAGGAUGCCAUCGCAAAGUCCAAUCCAGGCGUGAGCCCUGCAGAUUUGGACGUUCAGAUUCUUGACGUCAAUAAUCACGAUGAAGACGGCGGACCUGUCUCUGACGUCAAAUAUGCAGUCCGUCGUCAUGACAACGGUGACGUUGGGGCAUUGUCAUCUCCUUCCGAGGCUAGCCUUAGUGAGGCUCUAAACGCAAAAGGAAAGUCUUUGGCGAGCGAACAAAAAACGCCAAUUACACCACCAACGUCAGAGAACACUGACUGGCAGGUGCCCACUGCGGUCCUUUGUUCCGUGUUUGCCUUCAUUCUAAUCUGCAUCGCCGUAUUCUACUUUGUAUAUGUUAGAAGACAUAGGCAAAACGCGAGCUUGAAGGAAGCCGAAGAGAACAUAGAAAACAAUAUACAUAAUGAGGAACAUUUUACAAAACCAGUCAUUUUCAAUAAUCCAAUGUAUGGAAGUCACCAAGCGAAACACACGACUGUUGGCACCGAGGGACUUUAAGGACUUUCAUAUCUUGAAUGUAUAUAUAUACACCAGUGAAGAUUAACUACAACUACAGGGACAUCAUAUUCACCGACAAGAGAAAUGACUUUGUGUCACCUUGUGUUAGAUUAUACGAUUGUUACGUUGCUAUACUGAACAUUAUGGAUUGUAAUCCUGAAAACAGAUGUAUUACAUUUCUUUGGAAACUAAUUAAGAUUUCGAUUACAUGUUUAUCCUUAAUGGAGUACAUGUGUAUGUACGUAAAAUGGAAACAAUCGCUGUAUGUAAAUGACGUUAAAUGACGACCUUGUUAAGCAUCAAGGUAGUAAACUACAGAAAUGUCCAUAGAUAAUUUGAAGUGUUCACUUGCUGUAGUGAAAGGAGUGUUCAUGUAUGUGUCUCAUGACAAUCAUAUAUCAGUUUAUAUAUGUUGUAUGAAAGUGAGAUGGGCGGUGGUUAGCCUUGUGGCUAAAGCGUUCGCUCGUCACGCUGAAGGCCCGGGUUCGAUUCCCACAUGGGUACAAUGUGUGAAGCCCAUUUCUGGUGUCCCCCGCCGUGAUAUUGCUGGAAUAUUACUUAAAGUGGCGUAAAACCAUACUCACUCACUCACUCACUCACUGACUGACUGAAAGUGAGAUACAUCUGUAUUCAGUAUUUCAUUUCAUGGUAUAUUGGUACUCGUAUUGUACAUUCGCCACGUAGUUCCCUUUGAAUUCACGUAAAGAAGGUCAGCAGGAUGUAUAUAUCAAUGUAUUGAUUCAGUACAUCUCCUUCAAAGCUGCAAAAGUAAACAUAUUCCCUUGUAAUGACCUUCAAAGAAAUACUGUCUAUUUUAUCCAAAGAAUGUAUUUCAUGUGUUGCAGAAUGUAUCUGUUUCUCUGAAAACAAAAUAUUUUACCUUGUUUUGUGAUUUACCGAUGCACCAAUACCCUAGAGCCAACCCUGUUUCCUUUCCUUUUUAACUUUAUGAAAGCUAUGUACAAUGGCAUGUCUUCCUGUAACAAAUAAGUGUGAAUCUGGUCUUAAUGUGUGCGUGUGAAGCCUCGUGGUUAUGUAAUAUAGGUUAUGCCUCGUGGUUUUAUUGUGCCUAGGCGAUGGAUGAUGUAAUUAUUUAUAGAUGAAGUCGUGUUAGCCCAAAUUAGACUUUUAAAAGUAGAAACGUUUCUAGCAGUAAGAAGGUAGGGGCAAGAGUCAGCGCAUGUUUACACAGAGGUAUUUUACACCAAUAAUGAUAAGGUGAAAAAAACGUUGUCUUGGAGCAUGUGUCCAAUCAAGUUCCGUUACAGUGUAUGUAUCAUGUAAUAUGUUUGUGUUAUCAUGGUUGCUUACAAGACAUAUGUAUGUGAAACAAUAUCCAUCAUGUGUACAUAUGUAUAAUUCUCUUAACAGAUGUACAUAGUUAUCGGAGUACAAUAAAGUCCCAAUGAAAAAUGGAUAUAUUUCAGUUAAGUAUGUUAUAUAUUAAAUAUAUCCCAUAUCAUGUUUUGUAAUAUUAAUUGAAUGUCUCAAAUGUUGAAAUG